AUGCUGGCCCCCGGCGGCUCGUACGCCGAAUACGCCGUCGCCUGGAGCCACACCACCUUCCACAUCCCGGCCAAGGUGUCUUUCGAGGCAACCAUCCCCCUCGCCGCGCUCACCGCCAUCGUCUCGCUCUACCACCACCACCGCCUCCCGCUCCCCUGGACGCCCCCAGCCCCAGCCCCAGCCACCAAGCGCACCCCCCUCCUGAUCUACGGCGGCAGCACCGCCGUCGGCGCCUUCGCCAUCAAACUCGCCCGCCUCAGCAACAUCCACCCCAUCAUCGCCAUCGCCGGCCGCGGCGCCAGCUACAUCUCCCGCUUCCUGGACCCGGCGCACGGCGACGCGAUCGUCGACUACCGGGACGGCGCAGCCAAGACCAUCGCAGGCGUGAAGGCCGCCCUCGCUGCCGCAUCCCCCUCCCAGGGUUCGGAACUGAAGCUAGAACACAUCCUCGACACGAUCGUCAGCGAGACCAGCUCCGAGGUCAUCCGCAAUGUGGUCGCGCCCGGCGGCCAGGUCAACUACGUGCUGCCCUGUCCGUACGACGUAUCGCCCGGCGUGAAGACCAACACGUGGGUGAGCAGUGCGCACGAGGUGGGCGGGGCGGCGGACGCAAGGGAUCUGUGCUUUGUGUUUUGUCGGUGGUUUGGAAGGGCGCUGGCCGAGGGCACGUUCGAGGGCCAUCCGUGGGAGGUCCGCGAGAAGGGGCUGUUGGGGGUCGAGGGCGCGAUGCGGGAUUUGCGGGAUGGGAAGGCCAGUGCGGUCAACAACUGUAUGUUCAACGCUUGUCUAUGUACAAUCUAUAACACAUUACAUGUCAAAAAUCGACGGCUUAUACACCGACGGGUCGAUGUACGGAGUACCGCCACGUCUCGUGAAGCCCCACCGGAUCUGACUGGCCAUGGAGAUCUCCACAUCCAGGUGCUGAGCGAAGGUCCAGGCCAAGCCGGGGUCCUUCUGGAAUCCACGGCCAACGAGGAUCACGUCAAUGCCGUCCUUCUCCAUGAUUUCCUCGGCCUGACGACCGUUGGUGAUGGCACCAACCGCCGACACAAGCAACUUGUCACCAACAGCCUUCUUGACCGCAGCGGCGAAAGGAACCUGGAAACCGGGGCUGGACUUCACCUUUUGGGCAGCGUGCACACCGCCGGAGCUGAUGUCGAUCAGAUCGACGGCGCCCUGCUUGACCAGCUCCUGGGCGAACUGGAUGGUGCUGUCGUUGUUCCAGCUCUGCUCGGGGAGGACCUCCUCCAGCCAGUCGGAAGCCGAGAUGCGGAGGAAGAUGGGCAUGUUGGGGCCGACCGUGUCACGGGUCAGCUGGGCAAUCUCCAAGGGGAGGCGGAUGCGGUUCUCGAAAGAGCCACCGUACUCGUCGGUGCGGUUGUUGGCAGCGGGGGACAGGAAAGAAGAGAGAAGGUAUCCGUGGGCGUUGUGGAUCUCGAUGAAGUCAACCCCGACCGCAAGCGCGCGCUUGACGGCAGCAACCCAGUCGUUCUUGAACUGGACGAUGUCGUCCUUGGUCAUCGCCUUGGGUUGGGGGAAGGAGUCGGCAAAGGCGAUGUCGCUGGGUCCCUUGACGUUGUCCGGCCACCCGCCGACCUUCUCGGUGGCAACCACGGCGGUCGAGAUCCAAGGAGCAACGGUGCUGGCCUUGCGUCCGGCGUGGGCCAACUGCACUCCGAUCUUCUGGUUCUGGCUGUGCACGAACUCGACGACCUGGCGCAUGGGCUCGAUCUGCGAGUCCUUCCACAAACCCACGUCCUGCGGGGUGAUACGACCCUCGGGCUGCACGGCAGUCGCCUCGAUCAUCAUCAAUCCGGGACCCCGCUGGGCGAUCGAACCCAGGUGGGCAAUGUGGUAGGGGGUCAUGUGGCCAUCCUGGGCACUGUAUUGGCAGAGGGGCGCAAGCUAGAAACCGCAGAGUCAGCUAUUAGCCCAUUAAGUGCAUGCAGACACACCACUUACACCGAGGCGGUUUUGGAAAGUAAGACCGCGGAUGGUCAGAGGCUGAUAGAGCUUGGGGACCGGCUUGCCGCUAGUCUGAGGAUUGGCUGCCGUACCUGCGGGAGGAUCCUGAGCGGGGGUGAAGUAGGAGAUGCCCGGAGCGGGCGCGAUAUCAACGUCGGGGAUAGACAUGGUGAGGAUGUGUAA